CUCUCUCUAAAGUCAUCAUCUUGGUAUUGGUGUGUGCCUGGUUUCUUUGUCCAAGGGCAAAGUCUAUUUUGUGUUUCCCCUAAAGAGCGAUCUUAAGCCUAAUCAUCAUGAGAGUGCUUCUCGCUCUCUUGCUUCUCUUGGCCUCGACUACAUGUUCAAGUGCAAUUUACUGUCUCUGCAAAGAUGGGAUAGGAGAAAAAGAGCUUCAAACAUCAAUAGACUACGCAUGUGGAACCUUAGCAGAUUGUAAUCCAAUCCGUGAAAAGGGUCAUUGUUAUCAACCAAACACCAUCAAAAGCCACUGUGAUUGGGCUGUUAACAGCUACUUCCAGAAAGCAGCUCAAGUCCCUGGAAGCUGCAAUUUCUCCGGCACUGCCACUACCAAUCAAAACCCACCUUCCAAUUUGGUAACAGGUUGCAUAUUUCCUUCAAGCCCUAGCUCUGCAGCGUCUCCUCCAUCAACAACACCACCGGGAGCAACUCCAACAAACGGAACCACUCCAUUUCCGGGAUCUCCGACAAACGGAACUACUCCAUUUCCGGGAUCUCCAACAAACGGAACCACUCCAUUUCCGGGAUCUCCAACAAACGGAACCACUCCAUUUCCUGGAUCUCCAACAAACGGAAAUUCUUCAUUUCCGGGAACUCCUCCUGUGUUUGGUCCAACCGGAGGCUUUAACCCAAGCAAUAGUGCUUUUAGUUUGGCCAUUUCCUCUGUUUUCACACUCUGUUUCUCAUCACUAUCGUUUCUAUGGUGUUCUGAUCUAAGGUUGGUUCGUCUUUGAUGUGAUUCCUCUUUGGUUGGGAAAAAUAAGCUUAGGUGUUUGUUUGGUUUUUUUUUUCUCUCUGUUCUUUCAUCUAUGUAAAGGUUGCUCU